GUAACCCUCCAUCUUGGACGGCUUGUCUUUUGUUCGUGACUAUAAAAUGUGUAAAAUUUCGAAAACUUUAAUUAAUAUAGCCUCUUAGUUAGAGCGGAAUCGUUGUUUACUACUUCCAGAAUCUUGUGAGCAGCAAGCUGGAUGAACAACGAAGCGCCAAUGGAGAAUGGAGAGACUCCAGCUGACCCAGGUGAACAGCCCACCUAUCCUUCACCAGGUGUUGUUCAGCCUCCAUAUAUUCCCUCAAAGAACAGGAAGACUAGGCACACAAACCAGCUGGACUACAUCCAGAAAGUCGUGCUCAAAACAGUAUGGAAGCACCAGUUUUCCUGGCCAUUCCAAGUGCCUGUUGAUGCUGUCAGACUCAGCCUACCUGAUUACCAUAAAAUCACGAAAGAACCAAUGGACUUGGGCACAAUCAAAAAGCGGUUGGAAUUCCGGUGGUACUACAGUGCAGAAGAAUGCAUCAGGGAUUUCAACACCAUGUUCACCAACUGUUACGUGUACAACAAGCCGGGCGAGGACGUGGUCUUGAUGGGGCAGGCACUCGAGAAGCUAUUUCUAACCAAGAUAGCACAGAUGCCACCCAACGAGACUGAGAUCGUUGUACCACCGAAAGGAGCCAAGGGUCGUGGCAAGGGCAAAGGUCGUCCAGUAGUACUGAUGCCUCCGGGUGCACCAAGUCUGUCCACGGCUGGUCCCAAAGCUGCGGCGUCUUACGCAAAUGCUGAGCCAACUGCGGCGGCACUGCCUGCAACGAGAACGCAGGUGCGUGUAUGCCGGGCUUCCCAGAACUGCCCUCAGCAGCAGCAGCAGCAGCAGCAGCAGCAGCAGCAGCAGGAGCAGCACCAGCAGCAGCAGCAGCAGGAGCAGCAGCAGUUGACUGCCUCCGUGGCAGACGCACCGACGACACCGCCCACGCUGCGGCCGCUGCAAGUGGUUGUGAGUCCUGCGAAGGGUGCAGCGACACACUCUGCCAAGUCCACCGCUCUCAGCUCUGCGAAGCAAACGAUCAAUGCUGGCGCCGAGAAGUCGGCGACGACAGCAGCGCCACCCAUUGGCAAAUCUGGGCCGAUCCCAAUGCUGCGAGCUGGUAUCAGCUUCGACCCCCAGGUGAUGCUGGGGAGCAAGCAGGGUGCUGCGACAAUGCUCAGUAAACAUGCCCACGUUGUUCUCGGAAGCAAGCAGGCUCCCCUGGCAGCGGGCGCCGGCACAGCCGUGAGCGGAAAGCACGCGGUUCCUGCCUCGGCGAGCGGCAAGAAUGGGCCCUCGGCAGGUGGCGCCACCCACAGUGCUGUGUUGGUGAGUGGGAAACACGGUCCUAGCGCAGGGGGCGCCACCCAGGGCAGUGCUCCGCCGAGUGGAAAACAUGGUCCGUCAGCAGCGGGAGUUGCAGCAGUGAGCGGGAAACAUGUCCCACCAGCAGCGGUUGUCAGCCAAGGCCCUACUACAGCGAGUGGAAAGCAUGGUCCGCCAACGAGGGGAGCCAGCCACGCGCACGCUGGCGGGAAACACGCGCCUCUCUCUGGUGGCGAGAUGCUUCAACUUUCUGCAUCUGCGUCCCCCCCGACCGUGAAGACACCAGUGAUGACCCAGGCACAGCCAGUCCUGACCAAGCCAAAGAAAGGAGUGAAGCGGAAAGCGGACACGACGACGCCCACCACGGCGAUCGAGGCAGACCCUGUGUUCGCGCCGUCCUGUGGCGCCCCCUCGCCGCCAAAGCAGCCGUCGCGACGUGAGAGUGGCCGUCAGAUCAAGAAGCCCACAAAGGAGUUGCUAGAGUCCCCAGUGGAAGUUCACAUGGAGAAGCAACAAAAGAGGGGGAAAAAGGUUAAAGUUGUUGAACAGCUCAAAUAUUGUAGCCAAAUCGUCAAGGACCUGGUGGCAAAGAAGCACGCUAGUUACGCGUGGCCGUUUUAUAAGCCGGUGGAUGCUGAGCAGCUUUGUCUCCAUGACUACCACGACAUAAUCAAACACCCGAUGGACUUGGGUACAGUCAAGCAAAAACUUGACAACAAAGAGUACAAGACAGCUGACGAAUUUGCAGGCAACGUUCGACUGAUAUUCACUAACUGCUACAAGUAUAACCCUCCCGAUCACGAUGUUGUCGCCAUGGCGAGAAAGCUGCAGGAUGUGUUUGAGAUGUUUUAUGCUAAGAUGCCGGAGGGUCCGUCAGAUGAUGAGUCAGAGGAGGAGAAGCCUGAGGUGAUGUCGUCAUCGUCGUCGUCAUCUGACAGCGAGGAUAGUGACGACGAGAGGGAACACCGGCUGCAGGAGCUACAGUCACAGUUGAAGGCAGUACAUGAGCAGUUAGCUCAGCUGUCUGCACACACCAGUAAGAAGGACAAAAAGAAGAAAAAGCACAAACACAAGGAGAAGAAGAUUGAAGUAAAGGAAGAGAGACCUAUUGUGAAGAUUGAGCCGAUUGAGUUGCCCCACAUGCCAGUCCAGGCAGAGGUGAAACCUACUGCAGUGCAGACGCGGAGGAGGAGGAGUACAGGAGAGGCCCUUGUUGCUUCCCAUCCUGUUAAGCCGGUGCCCGUCACGCCCGCAUCAGUGUCGGCUUCCGUCGAGGCUACCGUUGCCGCGGUCGCUGCUGGCUGGGACAAUGAGCCCAUGGAGACCAUGCCAGCCCCCCUGCCUCCUCCCGUCCCUCCUGCUGCUGUCCUCGCUCCCGUCGCUAAGCCGGCCGGGAAGACGGGGAAGGGGAGAGGGCGAGCACCGGCUGUCGUCGCUCCUACUGCCGCGGUCACGCUUGCUACGCCCGUGUCACCGGUGGUCAGCAAGGCUCCAGCCGCGAAGGCAACGCCGAAGCGCCGAGCUAGCGGCAACAAAACAUCAGGGAAAGGAAACAAGCCAGUGGUGCCCCCUGCUGCUGCUCAGCUUCCGUGUGAUAGCGAGGAGGAUGAGGGUGUGACACGACCCAUGAGCUACGAUGAGAAGAGACAGCUGAGUCUAGACAUCAACAAAUUGCCGGGGGACAAGCUCGGCAAAGUCGUGCACAUUAUCCAAUCGCGGGAGCCGUCGUUGCGAGACUCCAACCCGGACGAGAUCGAGAUCGACUUUGAGACUCUGAAGGCGUCGACGCUGCGGGAGCUGGAAGCCUACGUGUCGUCUGUGCUGAAGAAGAAGCCGAAGAAAUACGUUCAAAAACCAGGAACUACAAAGGAGGAUGCUUUGAAGAAGAAGCGAGAGGAUAUCCAGAAACAGUUGGAAGAUGUUGGGGGCAAGCUUGCACCGACGAAAAAACAAAAGAAAGAUAAGAAUGGGGUGGAGCAGGUGGCGCCAGCUAGUGCCAAGGUGAGCAUAAGCAGUUCUUCAUCUUCUGACAGUGACAGCAGCAGCUCCUCCUCUUCCAGCUCAUCAGAGAGUAGUGACUCCGAAUCAGAGAUUCCCGCUAAGAAGAAAGCGAAGUCUGCGCCUCAGGCUGCUGCAAGCAAGCCAGCCGUACCUCUGCCUCCAGCAGCCGAAGCAACAAAUGAGCAACCACCACCACCACCACCACCACCACCACCACCACCACCACCAGCAGCAGCAGCAGCAGUAGUGGAGCCAGAAGUUCACACUGCAGUGCCGGUGUCGAUUCCAUCGCCACCUGCCAGCAAGCUGCCAGAGGUUGAAGCAGAGGUAGAGCCAGAGCUGAAGCCCUCUGCUACCCACCAGUUACCCCCGCAACCCAACAGCAAGCCAAGUGCAGUAGCAGUACCUGCACCGAUCAAAUCUCCACCUCAGCAGCAGCACAAGGCACCGCUGCCAGGGCCGCCACCUCUGACACCCAUUGCUAGCUCGCCGCCACCUGUACAUCCAACACCUCCUCAGCAGAAACCCAUUGUGGAAACAAAGGUGCCGUCGCCUGCGACGCCUCAGGUGUCGCAGUCGCCCGUCGUCGUUAUCGAGCGCUCGAAGGAUCCCGUCAAGUUCUUCAUCAGUGACGACGACAGCAGCAGUCCACGGCCGAGUCCCAAGCCUGCCCCGCCCAACGUGCAGACGUCGUCGACGGGAGUUUUCCUACACGUCAGCCGCCGCACCGGCGCCGCGCCGUCGCGCGACAAUGCAUCGAGUGCAACAAUGUCACCACGAGAACUCCAGCGAGAACCUGAUGAAGAUGUGCAGAACACUACACCGAACACACCCGCCAGCAGGAAGGGUUUGCAGAUCAAGAAUGUGGAUUCGUGGUCGAGUCUCGCUGUGCAAUCAACUCCGACGGGAAGCAUGAGCUGCCGUGUGAAGCCCAGCCUAGAUAGCUUCGCUCAGUUCAGGAAGCAAGCGAUGGAGAAGGAGGAGAGGAUGAAGCAACAGCGUGAGCAAGAGUUAAUGAAGCGUCAGCAAAAGGAACAUCAGGAAAAGGAGAGACAGCGGCUGGAACGCGAGAAACAGAGGGAGCGUGAGGAGGAGGAGGCAUUGGAGAGGGCACGGCGAGCAGCCAUUGAGCAGCAGCAGAGACAGGCGGAGGAGGAGAAGCAGCGUGCAGCCGUGGAACGACAACGGCUGCGCGAACAAGAGCGCAGGAAGCGCGAGGCUCUUGCAGGACAGAUUGACAUGAACCAGCAGAGUGACAUCAUGCAACUGUUCGAGCAAAACCUGUGAUCGCCGCCGCAGCACCCGCAACACGCCAGCAGCAGGGGCGCCGCCGCUGAUGUCGUCCCGCCAUCCACGCCUUGUCGUCAGGGUAGAUGCCAGCCCAGCCUGUGCUGCCGCGUAGCUGUAAGCAGAACUUACUCUGUUGAAUUGCUACCGCCGGUAUAUACAGACGAGCUAGCCCUGUCCCGGGAGUGGGUGGGUUGAGCAAUGAGUGGGUGGCAUUUCACGGUUCGUGGUGAUAGCUGUGAGUGUGUGCGUGAAUUGUGGUGGCGAAAUUUUUGCCUUGUAAUCGCUGAGCUUGGGAUGUGACAUGCUGCGGUUAGUACUGCACCCCCGCGCCCGGACCGCAGCAUCGCUGUUGCCAUGGCAACGUGGUGGAGGAGGACGACAGCGAUGAUGCUGCAUCGGCAAGUCUGUGCAUCCAGACAUUCCUGGGGGAGAGUUCUCUGGAAUCCGAGACACUUGAGAAAGUAUUAACGGAAUACGUGUUUUACGUACUUUUACUCUCUUGUCGUAUCGGCAUUCGACUUCCACAAGAGUAUGUCGUGGUGGCGUGGGCGCCUGGCCAUCUGCGCAUGUGUGUCGGCCUCGGUGGGUUUCACUACCAGGUGGCACCGUUAUCGUGCUGCAGAUGAGACGUCCUGCUGUAAUUCGAGCACAGUUGUGGAUUGAUGUUAUUUAAGAACGCGUUAAUCGUUUAUCGUAAUUUGUACUCCAGUGGAAUAAUACCUCUUUACUGUGCUCACUCUGCCUAUCUAUUAUAAUAAUAGUAUAUAGUAGCAAUCAACGCUCACCCGAUACCGGCUAGCUUUGUUAAUAUGCUACAGCACGUCACCAGCUGGUGCCACCGUAUUAAAUCUUCCCUGUAGAUAUAUAUAUAUAUAUAUCCACUGUGAAAGUGUGAAUUUGCAUAUCACGAUGUUUUCGGAAUCUUGGCAAUAAAGUGGCCGGCUGGCCGCCGCUCUUGUGCAUGGAGGUGGCCAAUAGGUGGCGCUGCUCCGGAUUGGGGGAAUGAACGAAACGUGUGCUUACAUUGCUGAAGUUAUUUGGUGUUGUGAGUAGGGAACCAUACUGAUCUUUCUAUCGCACAUCCGCCGUGUGUUUACUGCAUCGACUGCCGGGAAGGUAUCUCUGGAGCGAGGCAUUCCUUAGUCGUUGUCAUAGCUGUGAAAGGAAGGGGGAAGGAACAGGGAGAUAGACAGUGUGGUUGCAGGUGGUGCUGAUCCUAGCAAAGGUUUAUGUAGACUCGUCUGGUGCUGGCAUGAUAGCGGGUGCUCAACCCCUCAGGGGGAAGUUGGGUAGUGUGCCAUUAAUGGCAAGAUUUGGCUUCAGGGCUUCCCAUCUUUGUCACACGUAGGAUUCUCCCAUCCCUCGAGGAUAGACUCCGGAAUCGGCAGGGGAUAGUGUCAUCUGCGUACAUGCCUCCUCCCUUCUGACAGCCAGCGUAGCACCCCGUCACUUACAAGCACUGGUCUAGAGUCUGCCAGUUGCCAGUAACGUAAAGGAAAGAAGCCCCAGUAGUUUUGCCUUCAUCAAACUUUCUCUGUGGGUCAGUUCCUCAUCCUCUUGUCUACUUAGGCCAACGACUGUGCUAUUUGCACGUUCGACUUCGGUUCGGUUCGGUUCAGCAAUAGAGGCACGUUUCAUAAGUUUAUGGGCUCUCCCUGGCUGUGCUAGUUGAUGAGUUAACAUGCUUAUUCAGUAUUCACCAAUGUGAAUGAUUUCGAAAUAACAAUAUUAGUCAUGAAAUGUGGUAAAUGCUUGACAAUACGAUCUCUAUUUGCAUAUUAGCGAUAUUUUUUUUUACAUAUUCGGAUGGCAAUUGAGAAAGGAAGCGAUGAUCCCUACUCUAUUGUAGUACGGAUCAUGAUCACCAGACUGCGCUGGCGUGCUAAGCGCCAUUUUAGUUCUAAUGUUUUAUGUUAACACCAGUAUAAGAUGCCAGUGUGUUUUCAAUUAAAUAAAUGUAACCUCGAACGACAUCAACAUCAACAACAAAAACAAAAACAACAUAACGAACUAUAAGUAAAUCAUCACGUGGCAUGUAAUUUUAAUAUUAUUAUUGUUGUUAUAUCAUGGGCGCACGGGCACCUGUUUUGGCAGAAGCUAUACAGGUGCACGUGAAUAUAUAACGUACCUAUUUGUAAAUAAUUCCGGCUAAUGUGUAUCAGUGCAGUCAUUAUGUGUCAUUUAUACGUGUUACGAUAUUGUAGUCGAUAUAUACUGUAGAAGGAGCGUGUGGAAAGAAGCCGUGUAAAUACAGUGUUAUUUAAGAGAGACUUGAUGUAAAAACUUUGCGCAUGGACACCAUAGCAGACUGCUCGUGACUUUGUAUUGACGCAUUUGUAGCAACAUUAAAAGUGGUGAUUAUAUUUUUUAUAGUUA